AACCAAGUCUCACCAUCAUGGCAGCAUCUACAUCAACAAACAAUUCUUCAACGUUUCCCGUCACAGGAUGGUUCAAAUCGCUAUCGUCAGCAUUUCCUAGGGUCACUUUUGAUGCAGUGCCUAUUCGCGAAACAUGCAUCAGACCAGCAAAGUAUCGUCAAAAUGCCAUACUAUACGUAGACCAAGGACAUCCUACUCCGAGAUCUACAGGAAGCAGCUCAAAGAGAUGGGCAAGUAGAGAUCCCAGAUGUCUGGCAUGGCAAAUGCAAUUCGUUUUUCGAGGUAUUCCCUUCGAAUGUGUUCAGGUUCACGAUGACUAUACUGCACUUGAUUACCAUGGAGAAGGCUUUGCAAAUGUUCCAAUGAUACUCGAUGUUGAUGGAACGGUGGUAGGACAGAAGCAUUUAAGGAAGUGGGCAGAUACGGUACAGCCUUUCUCGGAAGAAUGCGUAGAAAAAGCAAAAGGGGCAGAAGCAAGAAUACUGAAUAGCGUCAUUCAAGGGCCGCUGAUGGCAGGUGUCUUGUUGGAAUUGAUCUUGCUGCCAGACAACUCCUCCUCUGCCAAAUCUGAUAUCCCUUUCCUGGCCCGCAAGUUGCAGUCACAACUUUCUGUACAAAAGAAAGCAAAGAUUGCUGCUCAAAUCCAUGCUCUAAGACAUUCAAGUCCAACUUCGCAGAUGCCAGGAUGGGUAACAACAAUGCAUGGCCUGUUGAAUACGAGUGGAGGAAUAGGAAGCACAGGUACUGCAUCAGAUGAAGCAGAAGAUGAUACUGAUCAAGGUCUAUCGAUAGCGGCUCUUGGGUUUGAUAUUGAUCAAUUGGAUCAAGAGUCUAUUAGGACAGAAGCUUGUGAGGCAAUCGACAUCCUUGCUACUUUGUACCCCAUUGGAAAUACACAAGGCUCAGAAGAAGAAGCAGGAUCUUCAUGGAUAUGUGGAACAUCUUCACCGAGUCAACUAGAUGCUGCGUUCUUUGCACUUUUGCACACAAUUAUGUCCCUCCCCGUUCAAAGUUCGCACAAACAAGGAUCGGCAACACUACGGUCGACGGUUGAGAAAUAUCCACAUUUGGUGGCAUAUAUUCGAAGGAUAUGGACAGAAUAUGUCAAACCGUUGGGAGGAUAAUUUGAGCGUAUGCUGUAUGAAUAUGAUUGAAUUGCAUCAUCCCACUUGCCAUAAGAGUGAGUAAACAAGAUUGAUUCUCUCUGUGAGCCAAUUGCCGGGAGAUGAACUUUGAACGGCUUAUAGAAAUAAUCUGCGGGACGAUGAAUCGGCUUAUAUAGAGGACUUAGUGUAAGAUAUAUCGGCUUAUAGAGAAUAUCCAGAAAGAUGUUCAUCGAGCUUAUAGAGAAUAUCCAGAAAG